GUUGAGGAUGUCCAGUACUGACCGGUAAAUAAAUCAAAAAGAUUGAGGUCUUCGAUUCACCUCCUUCGUCCUAUCCACUGCUCAAAAUCCUUAUCAGCACAAGAAGCAAUUAAUCCAGCAAUGGCUUCUAUAAGCAUGUUCACGAUGGGGCUCUCCCCAGUACGCCCUCCUCCGCUCAGUGCCUUCCGGAAUUCAAUGCAAUUUUCGUCGUUCCAGAAGCUCGGUAACUCGUUGAGACUCGGUUCCACCGAUAGCAUUUGUGGGUUUCGUUCUCUUCUUCCUCUGAACCAGACUCACUACGCUGUUGCUCCUCUCAUCAAGAAGUUUCAAUCUCUCACCGUUUUCGCUGCGAAAGGCUACAAAAUGAAAACCCACAAGGCCUCGGCUAAGAGAUUCAGGGUUACGGGUAGUGGCAAAAUUAUGCGGAGAAGGGCUGGAAAGCAACAUUUGCUGCAGAAGAAGAAUACCAAGAGAAAAUUGCGGCUCUCAAAAAUACACCCUGUUAGCCGGAGCGACUAUGAUAACGUGAUUGGUUGCAUGCCAUACUUGAAAGUAAACAGAAACGCGAAGUAGAGAUGGUGUAUAACUUUCAAGGGAAACCCCAUCAGUUCCUCUUUUUGAUUUUUUUCACCGCAUUACGUUCAAUCCAAGUGAACUUGAUUGUUGUAUUCUACUGAUCCAGUUCGUUGUAGUUGAUAUCCUGGACCUUCAAGUUUUCAUAUCUGCUUGCAUUCCUACUGCUUGUGACCUCGUUAAAUCUUGCAUUUUAAACGUGGAAUCACUUUAACACUACUAUUGUUGUUACAUACGAUUUGUUGGUGUUGA